AUGUAUAACGCAAUGAACCAGGCACCCGGCGAGGAUCCAUCCAAUCCGCAUUACAUGGCCCAGCAACCGUCUCAACAGUAUCCCGCUGGGUAUGCUCAAGGGGCUGCGCCCCCGCAGCCAGGGGCACCUCAGGCCAGCCCAGCUCAAAACCAAUGGGCCGCCUACGGAUCACCACAACAACCAGGCUUGGCCAGCCCAGGCGCCGCAUACAAUGCCCAACAAGCACCGAUGGGUGGGGCAGGAGAGCCAGGAAUGGGAGGAUUGACCUCACAGAUGAGCGGCUUAGGAAUUGCAGCGGAUGUGGGACCCAGGACGAACCGAAAGAAGCAUCGCCAUGCCCACCAUGACAUCGGAGGUGGUGCGGCACCACCUGCGCAAGCUUUUAAUAAUGGAAUGGACCAGGCGGGUCUGCAGCAGCAACCGUCUCAGUUCCUGAACACAGGCCUCAAUCAGCAUGCUGAUCGACCAGUAUCUCCAGCGGUGGGGUUGGUCUCCGCGCAAUCAGCUGGACCCCAGAUACCUGGGAUGCAGAGCGGUGCUGGCGCGGUACCUACUGCAGGACGAAUUGACCCCGAACACAUCCCUAGUAUCCCACGAUCGCGCGACCUACCCGCUCAGUACUACUUCAAUCAUGUCUAUCCGACCAUGGACCAGCACCUCCCCCCACCAGCAGCGAUUCCGUUCGUGGCCCAGGAUCAAGGCAACUCAUCACCGAAAUACGCUCGCUUAACCCUCAACAACAUCCCCUCCGCUUCCGAUUUCCUCGCCUCAACCGGUCUGCCUCUGGGUAUGGUCCUGCAACCCCUCGCACCUUUGGACCCUGGCGAACAACCGAUCCCCGUGCUGGACUUUGGGGAUGCUGGCCCCCCUCGAUGCCGAAGAUGUCGGACCUACAUCAACCCGUUCAUGUCUUUCCGAUCCGGUGGAAGCAAGUUUGUCUGCAACAUGUGUACAUUCCCGAACGAUACGCCCGCCGAAUACUUCUCGCCCCUGGACCCAUCUGGUGCGCGCGUUGAUCGCACGCAGCGCCCUGAAUUGAUGAUGGGAACUGUUGAAUUCACGGUACCUAAGGAAUACUGGAACAAGGAGCCUGUGGGUCUUCAAACUCUCUUCUUGAUCGAUGUCAGCCGCGAGUCGGUCCAUCGGGGUUUCUUGAAGGGGGUGUGUGAAGGUAUUAAGGAAGCUCUGUACGGCAACAGCGACGGGUCAACAGAGACAUCCGAAGACGCUGAAUCCUCUCGGCAAUUGCCCGUGGGUGCAAAGGUCGGCAUUGUCACCUAUGAUAAAGAAGUGCACUUCUACAACCUGACUGUAUGUGCCCUAUGUGCCCCCAUCCCUCAAUUUGUACUAAAGAAGCUACAGUCAACCUUGGAUCAGGCCCAGAUGAUGGUCAUGACCGAUUUAGAGGAGCCAUUUGUGCCCUUGAACGAAGGCCUUUUCGUGGACCCUUAUGAAUCGAAAUCUGUCAUCACUUCACUUCUCAGUCGCAUACCUACCAUUUUCUCCUCUAUCAAGAACCCCGAAUCCGCUUUACUGCCUACCUUGAACUCGGCCCUUUCAGCUCUCCAAGCCACCGGUGGCAAGGUCAUUUGCGCAGCGGCGAGCUUGCCUAACUUCGGCCCAGGGCCACUAUCUGUCCGCGAGGAUCCAAAAAUCCAUGGAACAGACGCUGAGCGAAAACUGUUCGCCGCAGAGAACCCACUUUGGAAGAAGACAGCAACCAAGCUUGCCGAAGCUGGUGUUGGUGUUGACGUAUUCCUGGCAGCCCCUGGUGGCACUUAUCUGGAUGUGGCAACAAUUGGACAUGUUUCUAGCCUCACUGGUGGCGAGACUUUCUUCUACCCCAACUUCCAUGCCCCACGCGAUAUUCGCAAGCUGCGCAAUGAGCUAACACAUGUCAUCACUCGAGAGACUGGAUAUCAAACUUUGAUGAAAGUCCGGUGCUCCAAUGGACUCCAAGUUUCUGCCUACCAUGGAAACUUCGUCCAGCACACUCUUGGUGCUGAUCUGGAAAUCGCCGGCGUCGACGCCGAUAAGGCCUUUGGCGUGCUCUUUAGCUAUGAUGGCAAGCUUGAUCCUAAGCUGGAUGCGCACUUCCAGGCUGCAUUGCUGUAUACCUCGGCAGAUGGCCAGCGGCGCGUUCGAUGUGUCAACGUCGUCGCUGCAGUUAACGAGGGAGGUAUGGAGACCAUGAAAUUUGUUGACCAGGAUGCCGUUGUUUCGGUCAUUGCAAAGGAGGCCGCGUCCAAAACACUGGACAAGACCCUCAAGGACAUUCGGGCGAAUAUUUCAGAAAAGACGGUCGACAUCUUCAGCGGAUACCGCAAGAUCUUCUCCGGUUCUCAUCCUCCCGGUCAGCUGGUCUUGCCCGAGAACCUGAAAGAAUUCUCGAUGUACAUGCUCAGCUUAGUCAAGUCGCGAGCUUUCAAGGGUGGCAAUGAAUCCUCGGACCGCCGUAUACAUGACAUGCGCAUGAUCAAGUCGAUGGGCUGCACUGAGCUAUCGUUGUAUCUCUACCCGCGAAUCAUCCCCGUGCACAACAUGCAGCCGGAAGAUGGAUUUGCGAACGAACAUGGUCAGCUCCAAAUUCCCCCAUCGUUGCGAGCCAGUUUCUCUCUUAUCGAAGAGGGCGGUGUCUACAUUGUGGACAACGGACAGAGCGUCCUCCUCUGGCUGCACGCACAGGUCUCGCCCAAUCUACUGGAAGACCUCUUCGGGCCGGGCCAAGCCGCGCUCCAACAGCUCAACCCCAACACCUCCUCACUGCCGAUUCUGGAGACGCAUCUCAACGCCCAGGUUCGGAACCUGCUGCAAUAUCUCUCGACCGUGCGCGGAUCCAAGUCCGUGACGAUCCAACUCGCACGCCAGGGCCUAGAUGGGGCGGAGUAUGAAUUUGCCCGACUCCUCCUGGAGGACCGGAACAAUGAGGCGCAAAGCUACGUUGACUGGUUGGUGCAUAUCCACCGCCAGAUUAAUUUGGAGCUGGCUGGUCACCGCAAGAAGGAAGAGACCGGCGAGGGCACCCUGGCUAGUCUGUCUGCCAUGCGGGCGCCGUAUUGGUAG